GAUUGCACAGUGACGUUAUUAGAAAAGACGUGUACGAUACAUGUAAGGUAGCAUGUAUGCAUGAGGUACAAUCUGGAUCUAAGAAUAUCCGCUUCAGGAUAACGGUGAUAAAUUCAGCCUUGAUAGCUGUCACACCGUAAAAGAAAGUGGGGGAGGGAAAAGAAGUUGCACUGUCAAGGAUCAUGAAGAAAGCACCACCUUAAAGUUUGAAAGGGAAAAAAUGAAUACAAUUCAAUUUUUUUGCUCCGAACUCCCAGGUCCCUUAAGGACUACAAUAAUAUGUGCGUCUAUCCCUCCAUUAGAAUGAGCCAGACCGACAGCUAUUGAAAUGUUUCGAGGGGGCUUGUGACAGCCCUCUGACUGGGAAGAUGGACGCUUUCACUAAACAUAGGUUGACACAUUUUUCUCUUUUUCCGCUCUACUUUCUCCUCUACUUUGCGAAGCACCGCCUAUCCAUCAUGCCCCCAUGUAGCCUGUGUGCUUCUAGUAACUUUUCUUUCUCUUUCUCUUUCUCCCUCUCUUUGCUUUUUGUUUUUUUUCUCUAUCUCUAUCCGGCAGCUGAUGCAGCAGCAGGCGGCCCUCAUGGCUGCCAGUCACGGUGGCUACCUGGCGCCCAGCGUGGCCUUUCCCACCACCCAGAUCCACCAGAUGGGGGCGCUCAAUAUCAACAGCCUCCCACCCACCCCCAUGACCCCGGUGUCGGGUGAGUUUCAUCAGACAUUGGCAGGCCUCAGCUCACCACCUGCCAACAUCACCACAUCAGCCGUCCCCAGCAUUGUCACUCCUAUCGUCAACGGCUUUACCAGCAUCCCUCACCAGCCCAACGGACACCCUGCGGUCGAGGCCAUGUACACCAAUGGACUGCCCCCUUAUUCCACCCAAAGCCCCACGGCUGCAGACACCCUACAACAGGCCUUCACCGGGGUGCAGCAAUAUACAGCCAUCUACCCAACGACCACACUGACCCCUAUUGGCCAAAGCUUGCCACAGCCACCACAAGUCAUUCAACAGCAGCAGCAGAGAGAAGGUGAGGGACCAGAGGGCUGCAACCUCUUCAUCUACCAUCUACCGCAGGAAUUUGGCGACAACGAGCUCAUGCAGAUGUUCCUUCCGUUUGGUACAGUCAUCUCCUCCAAGGUCUUCAUGGACAGAGCCACCAAUCAGAGCAAAUGUUUUGGCUUUGUGAGCUUCGACAACCCAGCAAGUGCACAGGCUGCUAUCCAGGCCAUGAACGGCUUUCAGAUCGGCAUGAAGAGGUUGAAAGUGCAGUUAAAACGGCCGAAGGAUGCGAGCCGCCCGUACUGACAGGGCCCAACCCACACAGGGCUCUCAGCAACAGCACAGGAUUUAUGGAGUGAAAUCUCAAAAGGAAUUUAACUUUUUCUUUCAAAACAAACAAGAACAACAUGAAUGGAUUUUUUUGAAGACAUAUCAGCAUUUAUUUUCUGAAGAUGUUCGGUGGGUUGCAGAGGAGGGGUUGCAGGUGAACCGGCACCCGUGGAAAAACCACACUCGGCACAGUGCACGAAAGACAAGUGGAAGAUCUCUCUAAAGACAGAGAACUCAACAUGUCCUGUCUCUCUCUGAGCAAAGCACCGUCAGUCAAGCAACAAACAAAAAGAAAAAAAAAAAACCUGACAAAAAAACCCAGUGAGAACAACUUCAAUUUCUAUAUACAUAUUAUACACACAUAUGCUAUUUAAAGGAAGAGGCGCUUAAGGCUUUUAUUACACUGGACAAAUGAGGGUUAAACUUGAAGAUCGAGGAAAAAUGCAGUGGAAAAAAAGAAGCUCUUCUUGUCCCGCUAGUGGACUUUCUUUCUCUUUUCCUCUUACCUUUUCUUCUGUCGUCGUCUUUCAGCAAACGCAGGACAUUCUGUGUUCACAGAGGUUUCCAUGCCCUCAGUGAAACUGAUAAAUCUUUCACCCCAAAGGGACCAAAGGACCAAACAUUUUUAUUCCUCAACAGAAAUAUAUGGUAUUAAUAACAAUACUAAUACUACAAACUACUACUAACAACAUAAGUUUAAAAAAGAAAAAAAGCAUAAAUAUUCGCUUCAGGUCGGAAGAGGAAAGGGAUUUUGAUUUCUUUUCCUUUUACAUUUAUAGCUACUGGGUUUCAGAAUAUUUAAACAAAAUAGAAAAAAAAAAAUAAGAAAAAAAAGUAUUUUAAAAGCUAUACUAUUUUAGUGGAGUAGAAUAUGUGGAUUGGAGAUUGUUAGGAGCAUGUUCAGCCAU